AUUGUGAGAACUAAAGGGAAGUGAAUACAUACCAAGCAAUUGGGAAGGUGCCUGGUGCAAAGUGGGAAGUCAUCAACCACAAUAGCUAGGAAGUGGAGAGCAGGACUCUGACUUGGAUUGGAAGGAGCUGUAGGAGGUUGAGGUCACACCUCCUUCAGGCUGCUGCAGACAAGGAGCUGAAGGGAGAUUGCUGAGACCCCCUGCUACCACCAUGCGCUCAGAAAACUUCGGACACUGCACAGAUAUUGAGGUCUUUUUUGAAGAGGUCGUUGAAUGUCUCUGGGACACACUGAGCAGAGAUGAACUGCUGAUCCUGCUGAAUGAAUUCCUGGAGAGGAUUAAGGCUGAGGCCAAUUUGUCCAGAGAAGACGCGGAUGAACUACACACAUAUCUGAACGAAUUGCAAAGAGCCUUGGGUGAGGAGGGCCUAGAAAGACUCCCCAAAGAGCAGCUGGACAGGAGGAGGUUUCUGAAUAAGUUUCCUCGGGUGAAACGGCAGCUGGAGGAGUUCAUAGGCAAGUUACAGGAGCUCGCAGACAAGGUUGAGAAGGUCCAUAAGGGAUGUACCAUCUCCAACGUGAUGGCCCACAGCACCGGUGCUGUGUCUAGUAUUCUGACCAUCGUUGGCCUGGCUCUGGCACCCGUGACAAUGGGGGCCAGUGUGGUGCUCUUGGGCACUGGGUUAGGGCUGGGAGCAGCAGCUGCUGUGACCAGUGUGUCCACCACUAUCAUCGAACAUGUGAAGAGGUCAUCAGCAGAAACCAAAGCCAGUCGCAUGAUGUCAACUGUCGUCAAGAAAUGGAAGGUUCUCCUAGAGGUACUCAAGAGCAACCCCCACAUUGUUGACACAACAGAGAAAGUCACAGAAGCUGAACAGUGCAUUGAAAUGCACAUCCAUGCCCUGGAGACAGGCAAUGCCAACCCUGGCUCUGCAGCCAAAGCAAGCGUCUACAUGAGCCCUGGGAGGAUCUCAGUCCCAGCCAUCCAGCAGAUAGAGGCAGGUUUCAAAGCCACAGCUUCAGUAAUUACCAAAGGAGCCCGGAUCGCGGGCUUGGCCACUGCAGGGCUCUUCCUCCUGGUGGAUGUGGGCUUCCUGGUGAAGGAGUCGAAGCACCUGCACGAUGGUGCCAAGACAGUAGCAGCUGACAGCUUGAGGCAGCGGGCCUGGGAGCUGGAGAGGAAGCUGGAGGAGCUCACCCAGAUCUAUGAGAAUCUGCAGGAGGACAGAGAAGUGAUUUAGCCACCCCCAGAGCAGUGCAGGGUCCGGGACAUGUGAGGGGCUCAAGUGCAGAGGUACCUUGUUAGAGGGAAGGAGAGGGAGACCACAUUAAAGAAGCUGGGUGUUAGGAAUUUGGCAUUUCUGUGGUUGAGCACAGCAGGGAAGGGAUGGGUGUAGGUGAUAGAUGAGGAGAGAGAAGGAAGGGGCCUGGAGCCUGGAUUAAGGGAGGAGGGGGACCAGAGAAUGAGAGGCGAGGAGAAACCACUGUUUUUCACACUGAGAACUUUUUAGUUUGUAUUGGGGUAUAUCCGAUUAACAAUGCUGUGAUAGUUUCAGGUGAACAGCAAAGGGACUCAGCCACUCAUACACACGUAUCCAUCCUCUCCCAAACUCCCCUCCCAUCAGAAACCACUUACUUUGGACUAAAGAUGACACUGGAGGCAGAAUAAAGGGAGCGGCAGGCAAACUGGCAGUGAGAGGCCAGGUAUUCAAAGGCGUUGAAAGUGGGAGAAAGUCAGUCAGGGUUGUUGGGAUCCAGAAGUAGCAGGGGCUCCUCUCUCGCCCUCCGCAGGCUCUGAUGUCCCCGCAAGAAGAGUCUUCCCCUGGUGCUGGUCUCUAGACCUCUCCUCCAACAUCAACUCACCUUUGGCCCUAGCUGAUGUGUCUUAUUUAGGCAGUGACUCUUGUUUGUUUGUUUUAUUGAAGGAUAAUUGAUUUAUAAUAUUCUGUUAAUUUCAGGUAUACAGCAAAGUGCUUCAAUUAUACAGGUAUCUAUGUAUUUAUCUUGACUUCCCAGGUGGUAAAGAAUGUAUCUGCUAAGCAAGAGACACAAGUUUGAUUCCUGGGUAGGAAAGAUUUCCUGGAGGAGGAAAUGAUACCCCACUCCAAUAUUCUUGUCUGGGAGAUCCGUUAGACAGUGGAGCCUGGCAGGCUACAGUGCAUGGGGUUGCAAACAGUCAGACAUGACAGAGCAUCUGAGCAUGUAUAUGUCUACAUUUUUUUGUUGUUCAUUUCCAUUAUAGGUUAUUACAAAUAUUGAAUUCUAGUCCUAUGCUACUACAGUAGGCAGGCUCUUGUUUAUCUGAUGUGUAUCUGUUAAUCUCAUCUCCUAGUUUGCCUAUCCCCCCAAAACUUUGGUAAAAAGUUCAUUUUCUAUGUCUAUGAGUCUGUUUCUAUUCUGUAAGUUCAUUUGUAUUAUUUUCUGUAUUCUACAUAUAAAUUAAUAUCACAGAUUUGUCUUCGUCUGACUUACUUCACUCACUAUAGUAAUCUCUAGAUCCAUACAUAUUGUUAAAGAUAAUACUAUUUCAUUCUUCUUUACAGCUGCGUAGGAUUCCAUGGUCUGUAUACAUGUACCACAUUUGCUUUAUUCAUUAAUCUGUCAACAGACAUUUCAGUUAAUAUCGUGUCUUGGCCGUUAUGAAUGGUACUGCUAUGAAUAUCAGGGUACAUGUAUCUUUUCAUACUAGAGCUUUAAUUUUUUCUAGAUAUAUGCCCAGAAGUGGGAUUGCUAAAUCAUAUGGUAGCUCUAUUUUCAGUUGUUGAAGAAAACUCCCUAUGGUCUUCCAGAGAGGCUGCACCAGUUUACAUUCCCGCCAGCAGUGUAGAGGGUUCCCUUUCUCCGCAGCCUCAGAGCACUGUAGAUGGAGGUGGCGGCCCCUGUGAUUGCUGUCGGGGAGAUGACUUAUUGUAGUUUGGUGUGCAUUUCUCUAAUAAUCAGUGAUGCUGAGUAUGUUUUCAUGUACCUGUUGGCCACGUGUACGUCUUCAUGAAGAACUGUCUAUGUGGAGCUUCAGGCGGUGGCUUCUUGAUGACAAUGGUGGUGAUAUGUUGGUGGCAGCAGUGGUGUGACAGCACCGUGGGUGGAGCACACGACAAGGUGCCAGGGGCUCUUUGGGUCCAGAGUGCACUGAGAGACCAGUGGAGUUUCCAUGAAAGUCCAAGUGUGGAGCAGGAACAGAGGUUGAUUUUAAGAAAGAAAGUAGGAGAAACAAGGAGGCAGAAAUAGGUCAAGGAACUUUUCGGAGUGUCAGGAGAUGAAACAGCCUGGGCCAAAGACACAACUCUCUGACCCUUGGUUUCUUCUUCAGAUGGGGGUGAGGCUGGAUAAGAUGUUUCAGGUUGCUCUGUUCCCUCCACCUUGUGUCCUCUAGACUCUGGUUCAAUAAAUAUGAGCUGACUCAC